AUGACAGCUCUCAAACAGAAAGGGCAUAUUUUGAAAAGAGAAAUUACGUUACGAGGCACCAGAAAGGAUAAUACAAAUAAAACAAACGCCUAUCUUCCUCCCCCAAUCAAGAAGGAGGGAUCAACGCCUAAGGGCGUUAGGCUAGACUCGAUGAAUCAGGAGAGAAACCGAAGGACCUUGUGGCAGACAUCGUAA